UCGCUUUCAUGGAAAGUGAAAAUUUCGGGUGAUAAUUUUCCGCACAAGCCAAACGAUCGCAUUCGAGUGCACAAGUGGUUCGUCUCCGUCGGCUCCAUCGGGCGAGUGUUUGUCGGUUGGCUCCUAUAGGUACUCUUGUUCCGAGUUCGAUUCGCAGCGCGGUUUGGUGAUACCUACCUGUGUUGUGUAUGUACAUAUAUCGGUGCUGUGAGCUGCUAUAUUGGUGAUUAAUGUGACGAAUUUUGUUGAUUUUUCCACGCGAAAUUUUUGUGUAACGGUUACUGCGGCCUGUGUGCGACUGCCAAUUUCUGGGGGCUUGGGUUAUAGAAUGUUCGAUUUGGAUUCGGACUUGCAGUGUGCAUGAUACGGGAACUGAAGGAUACAGGUGUCUGGAGCAGUAUGGGGGAAAACAUGAUCUAAUAAUAAUCAAAUCGUGUAUGUGUGUAAACCACAUGGUUCACCAUCAGGGGAUGAACCAAAGCAGCCAGACCAAAUCGAAGUGAGCGUCGUCGAUUGUGGUAACGAAGCAGGCCAUUCCUGGUCAGGAGUGUUUCCAUCUUCCAAGGUACCACAUUUCAAUGCCUCCUCAGUUCGCUCUCAGUUAUCAGAGUGGUAACAAAGGAGAAGGAUGCGAUUAGUAUUCCGUGCCGCGAAUUCGUCGGUGUAAAAAGGGGGAGCUUUUUCUCCUCUCUCGCUGUUUGUGUGGGGAAAGUGCUGUGUUAUCGAUUUGGUUGGUUUCCCAGUGCCACAAAGAGCAGAUUUUGAUGAUUACUCUUCAGGAUUGAUUCAUAUUCGCGUUGGAAUAGUGUAAGCUAAAAAUAUGAUCAACGUCGUGUGAAAAGAUUCGGUCAACUCGGGCGUUGGAAUCGCAACGCUAGUGUGCCGUAAUUUGUGACGUAAAUCGGCAAAACUGUGCUGUCAGCGAACGACAUCUCACGGUGAAGAGAAUGGAUUAAUUGCAGUGGAGCAGCAGUGGAGAGAAAGGUCAUCUUAUGCUGUGCAGUGAUUUGGAAGCAAAAACUUACAUCGGAGUGUUCCAAACUUGCCAGCAAAACAUAUCAAAAAAGCGCAAACCAAUAACAACCGCACCACCAUCCGGAUAGUAUAGUCGCAGAAUCAAAGUGCUAAACAUCCAGUUUCAUGAAUUGUACAAUCAGUGUUGUUCGGUCCAACAUACAAUCGCGGCUUCUAAUUGGCACCUCCACGGAUCAGAAGCACCCAAAAUUAUCCGGUUGUUCGUUGUGUGUCCCUCUCGUCUCGUGUCAUCAUCAUCAUCCGAAUUCGUCAGAAAUUCAUACCAAAAAAUGUGCGCGUGUGUGUUGUACUGAAAUGCGAACCAUUCGUGGCUAAUCAAUAGAAUCAAUAAUAAGAAUAUAAAACACUGAUGGUCAGUAAUUAUCAAUUGAAAAUACCAUCGAUGAGUGGCGUGAGAAGAAAAUCCCGCCAAUAAAGUCGCACCGCGGUGGCACGCUGUUUCGGUGUUGUUUGCCUUGUCGCGGGGGCUCCUCAGCCCCCGCUGCAAACCACCAAAAAAGCAACACGUCGACAAUCGAUGACCACAUUGUCGACUAUGCCACCGAGGACGAAGCUUUGACCAACAGCACAACCGAGCUCUAUCAGUACCAACAACAGCAGCAACAAUCAUCUAACCUUAGCACCACCGCAAACAACAGCAGCACCAAAAACGGUAGCAACAUUAGCAGCAGCAAUCAGCUAGAAGCGCUCACCGAGGAGCAACAAGCGUUGAACCCAGAGCAGCUGCAGCAGCAACUGCAGCAAUCGCAAUCAGGGCAGCAGCUCAAGUUGCCGCACAUCGAAGAAGAGGAAGACGAUGAGUUUGAUAUUGGUAUGCAACAUUUCCAUAAUCCCUUGCUACCAUCCCGCAUUAAAGCAUGUACAAUUCGCUAUGCAGAUGUCGUACGCUCGUUGACCCCGUCGCCGAAAAUCAAUAUCAAUCGCAUCAAGAUCAAAUCGAAAGCGAAAUCGAUCGCAGCAGCGGGCAGCAACACAGCGGCAGCGCUAGCAGCGGCGGCAUCGGCAGCAGCAGCUAGUGAUUUGGAAUCGAGCAGCAGCAGCACCAACGUCUCGUCGUCAACGGGCGGCAAAAUGCAAGCCGAGCAGGGUUCGAUUGGCGACCUGCAGAAGUACCACAGCCGGUACCUGAAGAAUCGACGGCACACGCUGGCGAAUGUGCGUUUCGACGUCGAAAAUGGCCAAGGUUCACGAUCACCGCUGGAAGGUGGAUCACCAGCCGCCGCCGCUGCCGCCGGAUUGGUACUGCAGAAUCUACCUCAGCGGAGAGAAUCCUUUCUGUACCGGUCCGAUUCGGAUUUCGAGAUGUCGCCGAAGUCGAUGUCGAGAAAUUCCAGCAUCGCCAGUGAAAGAACUGAUAAAUUUUCUAGACUCAAAGAAGUGGAAGCACCCACGAUUACCAGCACGGAACGGACGCAUGUGGAAGAUCUGAUCGUUACACCAUUUGCGCAAAUUCUCGCAAGCCUACGUUCGGUACGGUCGAACUUCUUCAACUUGACAAAUGUUUCACCGCCCAAAUCAAAACGAAAUAACGUACAGGUGACACCAGUGACCAAGGCACUCAAUCCCGGGGACGAAUCGUAUGUGAAGCUGGCUUUGGAUACGAUCGACGAGUUGGACUGGUGUCUGGACCAGCUGGAAACGGUGCAAACGCAUCGCAGCGUGUCGGACAUGGCGUCCUUGAAGUUUAAAAGGAUGCUCAACAAAGAACUAUCACACCUUAGCGAAUCUAGUAAAUCUGGCAACCAGAUAUCGGAAUAUAUUUGUUCAACUUUCUUAGAUAAACAACAGGAGCUGGACAUCCCCUACAGCAGAGAUGAUUCGGACUCUCACAAUCCCAGCUCCCUUUCCCGUAGCCGGUCGCCCCGGAUGGGUGAACGAAUGUCACAGAUCUCGGGCUUCAAGCGACCACUGCAGCAUACCAACUCUUUCACCAGUGAUCGAUUGCCACAGUAUGGGGUCGAUACGCCGCACGAACAUCAGUUGGGGCAGGUUCUCAACCAGAUCGACACCUGGGGCAUCGACAUCUUCAGAAUCGAAACUCUAAGCAACAAUCGACCGCUGACCUGUGUAGCUUUUGCUAUCUUUCAGGAACGGGACAUACUGAACACUCUUAUGAUACCAUCCAAAGUUUUUCUAGCGUUUAUGACAACCUUAGAGGAUCAUUAUGUUAAGGAUAAUCCAUUUCACAACUCACUGCACGCGGCGGAUGUGGCGCAGAGCACGCACGUGCUGCUGAACACGCCGGCCCUAGAGAAUGUAUUUACUCCGUUAGAGACCUGCGCAGCACUAUUUGCCGCCUGUAUACAUGAUGUUGAUCAUCCCGGAUUAACCAAUCAGUUUUUAAUUAAUUCGAGUUCAGAACUAGCAAUUAUGUAUAAUGACGAGUCCGUACUAGAGAAUCAUCAUUUAGCAGUGGCAUUUAAACUCUUGCAAAAUGAAGACUGCGAUAUACUACGCAAUAUACAGAAGAAACAACGUCAAACAUUUCGAAAGAUGGUAAUCGAUAUGGUGCUAUCAACGGAUAUGUCGAAACACAUGACACUGCUAGCCGAUCUGAAAACUAUGGUGGAGACUAAGAAGGUCGCUGGAUCUGGAGUCCUACUAUUAGAUAAUUAUACUGAUAGGAUACAGGUAUUAGAAAACUUGGUACACUGCGCUGAUCUCAGCAAUCCCACCAAACCGCUACCAAUGUACAAACGAUGGGUUGCCAGGCUGAUGGAGGAGUUCUUCCUGCAGGGGGACAAGGAGCGGGCGGCCGGCAUGGACAUUAGCCCGAUGUGCGAUCGGCACAACGCGACAAUCGAAAAAUCGCAGGUCGGCUUCAUCGACUACAUCGUGCAUCCGCUGUGGGAGACGUGGGCGGACCUGGUGCAUCCGGACGCGCAGGACAUUCUCGACAUGCUGGAGGAGAACCGUGACUACUACCAGAGCUUAAUACCACCUUCGCCGCCCGCGCUCGACGAAGCGGACGAUAAGAUUCGGUUCCAGAUGACGCUGGAAGAGGAAAGUGCUUCGGAAAAUGAUGAAUCAAAUCGCGAGGAAAAGCCCUAGGAAAACCGCACAUCAUUAUCACCCCGCUGCUCUCCCCCCCAUCGUAACGAAUAUACAUUUAAUCAACAACUUUACAACCAACUAGGCAUAUACUCAUCAUACCAAUGUAAUCACAUACGCAAAUCAGUACCCGAAGAGGAAGAAAAAGCAAAUAGCGAAUCGAGGGAUGUUGUUAGGGAGAAUCUUUACAAAAACAAAACGAAAACCAAAACAAACAAGCAAGCAACAAUAACACACAUAGACACACACAUUAAACAAACAAACGUACACACACAUACACAUUAAAAUCACAACGGCAGGGCUGGUUCCCUGUGCGUUAAAUAUAUUUAAAAUGAAUAAUUGUAAUUCGUUAAUAAUUUAUUAGUUGAGAGGACAUUUUACGAUGGAGCAACACAGAUGUUUUGUACGAUAAGUUAUUUUAUUUUUGAUACGUCUGAGAUGUAUAUGUUGAAACCAAAAAUAACAAAUAAAGUCAAGAAGAAGGUUUUUAAAACAAACAAGCAAGCAAACACACCACACGAAUAGCGAAAUCUAUAUCCAAACCAAAAAGCAGCAUAAUGUAUAAUUUAGUGAUUGUAAUAGUACUAAGUACGCAGCUUAGAAUGAGGAGGAGGAGGGACCGAUCUGCUGGAAAUUUCAUGGAAAUGUUCAGAUCGUCACCCUCCUAGUCGGUACAGUAGAGUUUUCCUGGUUUAACUUUUGUAUACUUUUGUUCCGAACAGUUACUUAACGGAGAGUGAAGAAAAGGCAAAUCCCAGGCUGUUGUUUUGAUUCGAUGAAAAGUGGUGUUUUGGUUUUUGUUGAGCCAGGCUUCUGCUUCGUGGAGGUUUUUGUGCAUUGAUGACGCAGAGUCGGAAAAGCGGUGAGCGAGAAGAACAUAAAAUGGUGACACACUGCUGAUGAUAUUAUACGGUAAAACAGAAGAAACCAACUAUCUUAGGUCGUAAGUAGUUAUUAAAUAGAAGCAAUAUCAGAGCAAGGAAGAAACAAAGCGAAGAGUGUUUAACGUCAGAUUCUAUUCGGAUAAUAUUUGGACAUUGAUUCUCUGUGUGCGUUUAUUUCGCUCGUUGUCUAAGUAAAAUCGUUUUUUUGCAAGGAUUACGUUUACCCCGUAUUGUGUAAGUAGCUAACCGAUAUCGAAUUCUUAAAUAAAAAUUGGCAAAAUUAUGGUAGAAAAUGAAGCCUUUGAAAUUUGACGAAAACCAGUUCAGCAGUGAAUUUGGACGCAUGUAGGAGCUCUGGGCCAAAGGGGUUUUGGCUGUCAGGCCAAGCUAUACAUAACUUGGACUUCUUGGUUCUCAGAACAUCUAACAGGAGGCGCUUCUGUUAAAUGUCAAGCAGGCAAGAUCACGUUGGACGUGGCUCUAAUUCAGAAUUUUGCAAGUAAUAAGAUUUGAAAAUGAAUAGGGCAUUUUGUUAACGUAACAGUGCCCUACCUACAGCGCCUAACAGCUGGUUGCCAAACUCUUUACCAACUUACGAGCUUUAGAGUUCCUUAGUGCUUACUGCUGGUCAAUAUCACUUACGAAUGGUCAAUAGGAUUAACGGUACGACCGACGUCAUCCAUGCUGACACGUUUGGGAUGAGCAGCUGAUGGAUCCAUCUGCCUUUCACUGAAUUUUGCCCCCACUUAUCCAGCGAGUGCGUUCUGAUUUCAGUGUGAGUUUCGGUCAUUCUUCCGCUGGUAGCAUACUGUCUUCGUCGGAACUGGCGUGUCCAUGAGUCAAAAUACAUAGUUUAGCACUCUAAGAUUACGCUUCGUACUCAACGCUUCAGCCCAAGCUCAGGCACAAAACCUGAGUAUUGAACGCUCGCCAGAAGAUGCCCCUUACUGCUUCUUGGUCGCUCGAUGUUCAGCGUGAUCGUCGCUAUAGCGCUGACAGCCUUUGUCGCCUUUAUGCAGGCGUAACUGACGUGUUCCUUGAAGUUCGAACGAUGAGCGACCAUCUCCCCAAGGUGCUUCGAAGCGCGUUUCGAUGCGACUACAUGCUCUCGAACUUCGAUCUCCGUCCUUUACAACUGCUUUACAGUUGCUACCUUUCAACAUUCUCAAAGUUCAGGGUUUUCUGUGACGUCAUCUCCCUUCCAGUAGCAGCCCACAUCUUUUGAUGCCAUCGUGACCAUUCCGAUGCCUUUUCUCUGCUACUAAUGGCAUGCUGUAAAUCUCAUGGGACAUACAAUCAGAACCCGAGAAUUAGAAGACCUCUGCAUCUUCAAGUUUCGCCGCCACCUAGCCAAUGACCAUGCUCACGCUAAGCAACCAACACUGACAUUGGGAUCUCUACCAAACCUAACCCAAGGUUUUUCUUGAAAUUUUCAAGUUCGUAUAACCUUCUUAGGUAGCUGUUUCCACAUAUGCCCUUAUUUUGUUUCCAUUGAAUUGAACACCUCAAGUUCGAACUAUACGUGCGUUCAAAUUGACAUCCUACGAGUAUUUAAAUGAGUGAGAACAGUCUAUUUGAUGGUGUUUGUUGUAAUAGCAUCCGUGUAGCCUAGUGACUAAGGUGAGAGAUUUACAUCCGGAAUGUGGCGAAAUUAAUCUCCUUCGAUCGAGAUAGUUUAUCCUGCUUUUAAUGGUUAUGUAAACGCUCUUUUUGCAACCAGUUUGCAAAAUUCAGUACUAUGAAUCGCCACCCUGAGAUACAGAAACAAGUUUCCUCAGUCGGAGCCACCAUCGCCUUGCCGGCUAGGCUAUUUGAAUGUCUAUUCCAAAAUCUAACAAACUCUAAAUUUGGAUUAAGUCAACUCUCUAUCUGGCUUUUACGGCGUCUAAUGGGUGGAUAGCUCUCAAUAAAAUCAAACCUAAAAUCAAACACUAUACGCUAUAUGGAGUAUUGGAAGAUUUCUAUUCCAAGGUAAGGUAAAUACUGCCGUGGAGAAUUCUAUUUUCUGAAUUUUGUGAAGACUACAGCUGCAACUGUUCUACCGAAACGCAUGAAUUCUAAAACGGAAAAGAAAACUACGUUCAAUCAUCAUCGAAGAGCUGAAAUGCGGGCGACUUUAUUUACGCGUGAAUCACCGAACAAAACACACAACCACGCGCUAUAACCGACAAGCAACAACACAUAACAAAAAAUCCAGAAGAAAAAUCAUGUGACCGUAAGAAAAACGUCGUACAUACAUAAAUAGCAGUAAAGAGAAGAAGAAAAAAUCUGUCUCGAAGCGGCAAACCUUCAACAAUUAGCGAACAAGACUAAUUAAUAAUAUAAACAUAACGAGAACAAAACCAAACAAACAAAGUAAAAACAGAGAAUCAUACAAAACUGUCUGAUAAUGCUAGCGAUUAGUGAAAUAUUGAUGUGUGUAUCUAGUUUCGAGGGUUAGCAACAAAAAAAAAACAAAGCAAAGCAAGCAAAAGAAAAUGUGAAAGUGUAACUAGAAUUUCAAAAAAGAGAAAAAAAAAGAAGUAAAUACAUUACCGAACUGUGUAGAUAGUUUAGACUAUUGGCUGAAAUUGUUUUGUUUUCAGUUUUGUUUGGGAUUCCUCGCGGCGUUACCAGGAGUUACGAAACAAAACAAAACGGUGCAGGUCACCCCCAAUCGAUCGGUACCGAGAGAAAAAAAAAUGAUUUUAUCAACGUCUUCCAUUUCGAUUAAAUUAGGACACAUUCGUUGAUGAUCUUUCAAGAGAUUUGAAGGAAAUAAAAUUUGAGUGCAGCACCCGUUCUUUGGCUGCAUCGUUCCAAUGUCGUACGGCGCUUUCAAAGGGGUCAAGUAAACCACUUUUCAAAUGUUACGCCAUUCUUUGAAUCGGAAGCGAUGUUCAAGAAUCGCCGUUUCUACAAAACAAUGCUAAGUUCCAUUAAAAAAAUCAAGUAUUCUUUUAAAUUUUGUUUUUAUGGUUUCUGUAAAAAUCCAGAAAAAAAAUGUUUUAGGAAUGCCUCCACGUGUGUUCUUUUAGAGUAUCAUCCAGAAAUUCAGCUAGAGAUCUUACAAAAAGCCUUGAUCAGUUGGAGCUGAGAUGUUACAUUCGACAGAAGGAGGCAAGAAAGAAAAUCAAAAAGACUUCACCAACAAAUAAGUCUGGGAAAACCAAAACAUAUUUUGAUACUUUUCAGGAAAUACCAUAAGCCCUUCGUUAAUUCCGCCAAGAAUUCUUCUAUGAAGUUUUUUUUAAAUUUCCGUAAUAUUUGCAGUUAGUACCGCCAACAAUGUUCGAUUUCUUAUUAGUUUAAGAAACGUUCAUAAAUUUGAUUUUCGGAACUGUCAACCAGAAAUGUUUAGAUUUUUUCCGAAUUAAAGAUUUCCAUUAGCAGGGCUUCGUAAAAUGUCCCGUGUGGUGUCCGGCCAUUUGGCCGAAUGACGUUUGACCGAACGCCAUUUGACCGAAUGGAUCGUUUGGUCGAAUGUCAUUUGACCGAAUUAUGAUCAAAAGAAUUCAGAGGAAGUUUUUGACAUUCUGGCUACCAAUAUGAUCACCAGAAACAUUUCCUUCAUAGGCUAUUCUUUCUAGUUUUGAUAUUCAGGGAUUAUUUGGCGUUGAAACUGCCAAUAUUUUAUCAAAGAUUUUUACUUCUUUGAAUCAUAGACUGAUGCGAGGAACAGUGGCAUGGUUACUAAAGUUCAUCAUCCAUUUUUCGGCCAAACGGCGUUCGGCCAAACGGCAUUCGGCCAAAUGAACCGGAACCGUCCCAUGUAGCCACAGCUAUGAACGCGCGGGUAUUCAGUAAUGCCGUGCUUAACUUGAUAGCUACAAUUCAAGGUUGGUACAGGAACUUUUUGUAAUAAAAAUUUCCUUUAUUUCCUUGGGCAUAGAAUAUCUUCGUGCCUGCCACACGAUGUGCACAUGUAAAAUGUUCAUUGACAGCCACAAUUCCCAGUGCUCAUUAAACGCUAACCUGCGAAACAGGUCAGCUUUGACACAUUUAGAACGCUACGUCAAGAAUAUUUCCUAAAGCAAGCAAUCCUGUAUUUUUCCAGACGUUCCUCCUAGGAGCCACCAUCAGUUUUUUUUUCAUAAGGUUCCAAAUAAUUCCAAAUUUUUCAUAAGGUUCCAAAUAAUUUCUAAUAGAUUUCAAACACUGUUCUUUUGUACAGGAUGCUGACAGAGAUCUCACCAUAAAUCCUGAUGUGAAUUUCGCCAGAAAUUCAUUAGGAAGAUGAACUAAAACUUCUUCAUAGUACUCACUUAGGCCUUUCGAUAUGAAUUCCUCAAGGAGUUUCCCGAGAAACAAUCCGUUUUGGGUAACUGUUGAAAUACUGUUAUAAUCACAUUACAUUGUGUAGAUCCCAGUAGAUUACAUUGUGUAAAUCAGCUUGAAAACUUCUCUCAAGCAUAUUUGCUAUUGGUAAUGGCCGACGAAGCAUAAUCUAUAACAGCAUUUUUUGAUGUUCUAGAUUAUGUUUCGUGAUUUUAGGAUGAAUUAGUUGUAUGGAUUUUCAAAUGUUUAUCGAAUACACCACUUCCACCUUUCAAUGUAUUCAAAUAUAUAGGUUCAAAUCUUGUACUUCAUCAAACUAACACCAUCUGCAUACCCUGGUAACGCUCGAAGGAAAACCACAUAUUAGUUGUUUCUAAUUAGUAGGACAAUAUACCAAGGAAAAGAACAUGAAGCCAUUCGCAAAGUAAUUAUACGAGAUUCAUUAUGAACAAACUGUUAGUUGAAAAGUGUGGAAUAGAUAGACAUACAGCAGUAGAGAAGUGGAAGCGAUUUGAAUCCGAUGAGUUGGAUACGAACGGCACUUAGAAACCAAUAAUAUUUUGACCGUUUUCCUUUCGAAACAUCACCUACCGAUUACCUAACCAAAUGACCCACCUAAAACAAAUUUGAGAAGAGAAAACGAGGAAAAACUUUGGCCGAAAACUUUCCAGAGCUCAUCUAAAUUUUGCGCAAUAAAGUGCCUCUUUAACAUAAUCAAGUAUUUAAAGUAGUAGAAGUAAUAUUAUCAGGUUUAUAGAACGAAAAAUGUACGAAAGCGCUUUACAUGUUAGUUAUAUAAUCCUCGAGUGUAUUUUCUAUAGGAGGUAAAAGACAUCUACAUUGGCUACUCUUCCGCGAACGAAAAAGUAUGAAAGUUCCCUCACUCUCCAAGCUCUCUUUUUCUCUCUUUGCCCACCACUACCCCUUAGUCUCUCUACAAUAACUAAUCACUGAUUCCACACGUACCACACACAGAAUACCGUACAACUUGAAAAUAUUAGCAAAACAGAUUCAUCCGAUUUUGGUUCCGCCUGAACUUUUCCCAGUACAUUCACAUCAUGUACACAGAUCAUACAUACAUAUGACCAUCUUCAUGCCAGAAAAAAAAACGCAUAAAACAUCACCGUUGCUAUAAUAAUGAACAUAUUCAAACUGUGACAAUGUCUCAGCUUUUUGCAAAUAUAGAUAAAUAUGACUGUUUCACUGGGUUAGUGAAGGAACUCUGGACAAGACAGUUUUCGGAACGAGUUUCUUCCUGUUAUAACUUAAUAAUAUGCACACUGCACCAAUCUUUACGAACAAAUUGUAUCCCUUGGAACUGAAGAAAGGAACCAGCCCCGAUCCAACCCAACGGAGUUCAAAUCGAUUUCCGGAACCCAUAGGAGAAACACUAGAAAGGAAACAUUACACAACCACGUAUAUUUUUAGACGCUGGCCGUCGUUAUACGCAAUGUUUUACAAAAGGUAACAUACAUUUAAGUUUCAAAUUUGUUGAUUAGUAAGUUUUAAGCAAAAAGAUGAAAACAAUCAAUACAUAUUGUGCCCUGAUUUGUUUCUGCUGAAUGAAACUGGUUCGAAAUCUCCAUAAACCUAUACGAAGCUAUUGCAAGAACUACCGAAAAAAAAUAUGAGAAAAACUAUAUGAUUCAAUUCAAAGCUCACGAAAAAGUGUGAAUAAAAUCGGAAAACUGAAAUCUGAUUGUUUGUCGGAGGUCUUCUUUUUCAGAAGCAACGUUUUUAUCCGGAUUGUUUCACUUUACCCUGUUUUUAUCAUAUUCAGAUGAUUUACGCGAGCUAAGCAAAAGAGAACAAAGGCAGAUUUAUGGAUGCUACAAUGUGUAUGGAACAAUGGUUUUACUUAUUGUUAAUAUAAAUAUGUGUUAAAACUA